AAUUUCGUUCACCUGAGGAAGCUGAGGAGUGACGCGCGGCAACACUGUACUAUUAAAUGCUCAGUAGGUUCCCAGACAUUCCAGAGGGAAGGUGUAACAUUUUGCUCUCCCCUCAAUAUCCCCGCCUUGCCCUACGUCACACUCUAUUAGCGAGUAAGCCGCCAUGGGUUCCCGCCACGCCUUGCCCUGCCUGGUGGUGCUGCUGCUGGCUGCCUGGGGACACUGCGGCCUUACCGUGGUCAGCGAGGUGAUUCCUAUUGAAGGAGACAACUACCUCAUGAACUGCCAGGGAAGCGGUGAUCUGCGUUUCUUCAUGCUACACAACAAAGGGAAAAUGUUGCAGCCAGCUUACUAUGAAACUCUGCGCAUCGAAGUCUUCCACAAUGCAUCCGUUUUCUUUGAGAGCAUCAGUCUGGAACACGUGGGAACGCAUCUGUGCAUUCGCAACAACGGGGGCCAGGACCAUGGUUACCCUACCCCCCUCAAAGUGCGCCCCCUGCCUUCUGACAACCUGUGGGAGGACGUGUACAGGUCCAAGUUCAUAACAGGCUUCAUUGCUGCUUUUGUCAUUGCCUCGCUGUUCAUCCUGGGCUGCCUCGUGCACAAGUACCAGUGGCAGUCUCCUGAUAAAGACACCUCCCCCCAUCAUCAUCAACAGUGCCUACAUCAACCCCGCCAUGGUCACUGAUGAUACAGAGUCGGGGUGCAGCACCAAGAUGUAGGUCAGAGCCAGGUCAAGUUAGGUCAGGUUAGAUCACAGGUGAGGACAGUGUUUUUAUUAUCACUAGGUUAGGUCAGGUCAGGUUAGGUCAUUGAGGAUAAAGUUUAUUAUUAUUAUUAUUAUUAUUAUUAUUAUUAUUAUUAUUAUUAUUAUUAUUAUUAUUAUUAUUAGGUUGGAUCAGGUUUGGUCAGAGAUGAGAAUAAAGGUGUUUUAUUUGUAUAUUUUGUAUGAUUUCAUGUUCAUAUUUUAAUUGGGAAAGAUUGAAGUUAAGAAUUAUUGUGUGGAUGAGAGAGAGAGAGAGAGAGAGAGUGUGUGUGUGUGUGUGUGUGUGUGUGUGUGUGUGUGUGUGUGUGUGUGUGUGUGUGUGUGUGUGUUUCACGAGCCUAAUUAGAAUAUUUGUUUCCGUUGGUUGUGACGGGUAAAAAUUUUCACUGCUCUAAGUCUCUGCAGUGUGAGAUAUCUUUUUAUUUGUAUUUAUGUAUGUGAGAGAAAGUAUUAUGUUAUUGUGAGAAAAUAAGAUUAUCCUCCAGUUUGUUAUUGUAUAUGGCAAGUUCAAUUCACAAUCCCAGUUAGGUUCUGUAGUACAAGUAUUUUUUUUAUUAUUAUUAUUAUUAUUGUUGUUGUUAUUAAUGCUUUCUUAAUGUAUAUAGCAAAGUAUUGUGUUAUAGUCGUGGUGAAGUAUUUAAAAUUAUUCUCCCACUGUAGUCUAGAAGUUAUAAUUUGUUUCAUCCACGAGAACUUUUAAUGUCCAAAAAUGUGCUGUUUCUCGUUCAUUAUUCACACAAACAGUUGAAUUAAUACACAUAUACAUAAAAUCACAAAAAUGAAUAUAUAGAAGCAAAACAAGGUAGAAAAAGGUAGAACUAGAUAGAAAAGAAAGAAAGCUCAUGUGUUUUUUAUCAGUUUAUGUAUUUCUUUAAUCCAGUACAUGAAAAUAAACCACUAAAUAAAUAAA